AUGUUGCAGUGCUGUGGUGUUGGAGGUGGCGCUUCCACGGCACCUCAGGCUCCGCAGCUGCACGGUACCGGAUCCGCUGUCGGGGCUACCACCUCCACGAGAACCACCAUCAUGCAGGACGCAGUUCUCGAAUCCAUCCUGGAUCAAAUGCGGGAGACGGAAGCCCAGCGAGCGGAGCUGGAGAGGCAGCAUGCGGACGCACAAAAUCAGCUGCGGGAAAAGAUAGCAGGACGCUAUCAGGGCCCGGAAUCGGUUGAGGCAUUACAAUCGAAGAUCCGAGAGCUCGAAAAGAAGACCGAGUUGCAGAUGGUGAAGCACGAGGAACUUUCGCUGGAGCUAACUAGUCUGAGACGUGCGCGCAGUAGGGGGCCGGUCGUGGGACAUGUUACGUCCACGAACGCUCCUACAUCCACUUGGCCGCCGGCCGGAUCUGAGAUUGAUAGACUCAUGGCCAAGAUUGAGCAAGAUAAAGGCUCCGUCAGAAUAUUGCACGAAUUGGACCACACGCGGGGCGCGAUAACCACGCAACAACCCUCAGCCACGCAGGGAAUCCUUAGGUCCAGCUCGGAAAAUCUUCCUAACCUCGGUCAGCAUCAGCAUCCACCUCAUCCGCACGCCCUCAACCUCGGGAUGCCUACUCAGAUGAGCCAUUAUGCAGGUUCACCAAUGCCAUUAACGCCGAUGAUGCCUGGUUGUCCUCCACUGACGCCGAAUGGACCACCAUAUCACUACAGCGAACCGAUACCGCCGGCACCGUCACUUUCCAGCAGUCAGUCGCAGCCCGCUUUCCAACAGAAAAUUCAACAGUAUCAGCAAUCGCAGCAUGAGAUGUCGAGUUCUCAUUCUCAAAGCGUUCUACCAUCCCAACAAAAACAGCAGCCAACGCACACCUCACACUUCACAAGCAAUCAGUAUCAGGAGAGCUAUCCGCAUACGCAAACGUAUCAGCAACCGCUUCAGCAGCAACAGCAUCCGGCCUCGACCACGUACCUGACAUCGGCUAGCCAGAGCGUAAUACCUCACUAUACACAGCCUGCCCAGACCGCCCAGAAUUAUCAGUUGAAUGGGAGUCAACAGGCAACGACAUAUCCUAGUUUGUCCAUGGCCUCGCAUACAAAUGGAACGUACAGCACGGGUGCGACCAGCUACAACACCCAGCUGCCGCAUCAUAACUAUACCGUGCCGCAGACGAAUAUUACGCAGACAACGUUGUCUUCGCUACCGCUGUAUUCUACCACAUCCUUUCAUUCCACCCUUGGGGGACUCACGAGCGUACCUCAGUCCGUUCUUCCUUUUUCCACCGGUCAGAGCACUUUCGCUACCAGUGGAUCGACAUACUCCACUACUGUCGGGACCAACGCUUUCGGGACGUCGGGCGUAAGCUCAGGUACUAGUUCAGGAGGCCUGUUACAAGCAAUAGGCGAUCCUCUACAAGCGAUGCAGCAACUCUCCGCCCAGUCACAGGCAAAUCAGCUUCAGCAGCAGGCGAUUAUCCAACAGAUCCAGCAGAGCUUGCGCGCCAGUUCGCCGACCGCGCCCGGUACCGCGACCGGCUACCAUUUUCUGGGUCCUAGACAAAUGCCGAAGAUUCCUACGAGUAUACUGACGAAUCCCCUGGACCGACUAACCAACACUGAGGACAUUGUACCCGAAGGUCAAGUAGACAUGUUGGAUGUACCCGGCAAGGGCAGAUGUUAUGUUUACAUAGCUCGCUUUAGCUACGAGCCGUUCCAGCACUCGCCGAAUGCAAAUCCGGAAGCGGAAUUACCGGUCCAGGGAGGCGAUUAUCUCCUGGUCUGGGGUCAGCCCGACGAUGAUGGCUUCCUAGACGCAGAGACGCUUGAUGGUAGACGCGGUCUGGUGCCUGCCAAUUUCGUACAAAAGUUGAUCGGAGACGAUCUGCUGGAAUUUCAUCAAGCUGUUCUUGGCCUCAGGGACGUAGACGAUUCCGUCUCGACAAAUAUCCCUCAAUGUUAUCUGCAAGAUAUUGAUUUAGAAUUAGCCGCGUUAGAAGAAGGAAAUCGGAAUCGUCAAGCAGAACUAUCCGCGUAUGCGGAACUCGACAAUAUCGCGGAGGAGGAUGAGCAGGAACCACCAGAAGUCUACAUGUUUUCGGACCUAGUUCCGGCGCCGCAGCACCUUACGCUUGAGCGGCAGCUCAAUAAGAGCGUGCUGAUCGGAUGGACUGCGCCAGACAAUAUGCAUCAACUCGAGUCCUAUCACGUCUACGUGGACGGCGUGCUGAAAGUCACGGUGAAGGCCACAGAGAGGACCAGAGCCUUGGUGGAAGGAGUCGAUUCUACGCGGCCGCACAGGAUAAGUGUGCGCUCGGUCACGCAUUCGAGAAGAACGUCGCGCGAUGCCGCUUGCACGAUGGUGAUCGGUAAGGACAUUGCGUUGGGCCCAACUGCCGUCAAAGCAUCAAAUGUCACAGCGACUAGUGCUGUGAUAUCCUGGCUACCCAGUAACAGUAAUCAUCAGCACGUUGUAUGCGUGAACAACGUGGAAGUGAGAACUGUGAAGCCGGGCGUCUACAGACACACCAUCACCGGCUUGGCCCCGUCAACGAUAUACAGGGUGACCGUCAAGGCGAAGAAUCUGCGGGCAACGCAUUUUGAGGAUCAAAAUGCUCAGGCAGCAAACAACUUAGCCUGUCACGUCCAUUUUAAAACAUUGCCCAAAGGAUUACCAGAUCCUCCGGUCGAUAUCCAGGUGGAGGCUGGACCGCAGGACGGCACUUUGCUAGUGACCUGGCAGCCUGUUGCCCUAAACGGUUCGGCCGUCACCGGUUACGCGGUGUACGCCGAUGGUAAGAAGGUCACCGACGUUGACAGCCCCACCGGAGAUCACGCGCUCGUCGACAUACACAAGCUCAUGGGUCUCAAUCCAAAGCACAUCACCGUCAGGACUAAAAGCAGGGAAAGUCAAUCGGGCGAUAGUUGCGCAACAGCAAUACCCUGCAGCGUGCUUCGGGGUGGUCCUGGCACUCACAUGCCGCCACCCCAUGGUGGACUUCCGCAUAUGGUGGAUCAGCGGCAACCGCAACAGUCCACCAUGGGUUCCCAGCAGGAUGAUCCCAAUCGCCAUCGCAUAGGCAGCGGCGUAGCUCAGCGAUACCCAAACGCACCGGUGCCCUCGCACAUGCGACGGCACGUGAGCAACAGGGUAGACGCCCACGGUCAAGUUAUCAUCGAGACGGACGAGAAUCUCUCCGACAAAGAGAUUUAUCCCGGACAGAGCAUUCCUCAGAUGGGAAUUCCGGAAAUUACAAAAGAUUCUGCAAGCGAAGCAAAUUAUAGCGAGGAGGACGAUCCCACGCGAAGAUCGCGGGGAAUGCCACCACAGCAUCACGGUCCGCAUCAUCGGUAUGGCGCACAAAUGGAUCCACAGGGCCCGCCUGGAGCACAUAGGUCUCCUAGCAUGGGUGGUCCCAGCAGUAGACCACAAGAUCCUUAUUAUGACCAAACGGGAUCUCAAAGAGGAAGGGGACUAAUUUGUCGUGGCGGACGAUUACCACAAGCUCAAGGUGGAGCAAGUCAUCCAUCGAAUGUAGCUCAACAAAUGAAUAAAAGACAACGGUGGUUCGUGGCACUAUUUGAUUAUGAUCCUACGACUAUGUCACCAAAUCCAGAUGCGUGCGAGGAGGAAUUACCAUUUUCCGAAGGCGAUACUAUCAAGGUAUACGGCGAAAAAGAUGCUGAUGGUUUUUACUGGGGCGAGUGUCGCGGUAGACGAGGAUAUGUUCCUUAUAAUAUGGUGGAAGAACUUAAAGAUCCACCAGGUCAAGGGCAGCCUGGUAGGCGGGGACCUGCACAGAGUGAGAGAUGGGGAGACAUUUAUGCAAGCAUGCCUGUGAAAAAGAUGAUAGCCCUCUAUGAUUAUGAUCCUCAUGAAUUAUCUCCUAACGUUGAUGCUCAAGUCGAAUUAACGUUCCAAACCGGGAAUGAGAUAUAUGUCUACGGCGAUAUGGAUGAUGAUGGAUUUUACAUGGGCGAGUUGAACGGUGUUCGCGGUUUAGUACCGAGUAAUUUCCUCACUGAGGCACCCGGACAGAAUCAGGGGCAACCGCCGCAGGGUAGCAGGCGACCCGGCGGCCAGAGCCAAGGACCGGGCGCGAGGGGGCCACCGCCACCUCCUCGCGAACCACCCCCGGCCGGUCACCGACGUGGCAAAGAUGCCUGCAUUGUGCCUGUGUCUGUCCCUGUCUGUCACUUAGACUCUAGACAACUACAACAACAACCACCACCAUCACUAAUGAACAACCAACAACAUCAACUACAACAUCAAAACAAUCCACCGCAUCUAGCCUAUCAACAAGCGAAUCACCACAGCUACACGACUGUAACCACGUCCAAUCAGCAUGGGCCCAGUCACUUGCCACCCAGCGGCGGUGUCAUGGGUGCCCAUCAGCAAGGUCCCGUACUGCCCCACCUUCAGCAACAGGGGAAGGGGAGGGGCGGCGUGGUCAAUCGGAUCGCUGGUAGUAACAUGCCGGGCCAGCAUCUCCAACAGCAAGAUUAUCAAGGCCAGCAGCAAAUGAAUCAACCAUACCAGCAACAGCCGAAUCAGCCAUACCAGCAACAGCAACAGCCGAAUCAAGGGUAUUCGCAACAACCAACGCAACAAUUCCAACAACAGCAAAUGGGCCAACCACAACAGCAACUAGGCCAAUCAUUCUCGCAACAAAAUCAACCGGGCGGUCUCGGAAUGCAAAUGGGCGGUCCUCAGAGUGCCAGCAAACCUAUGAGAGGGAUACCGGCGGUGCUGCCGACAGCACAGUCCAAGACACAGCCUAAUCCAACGCAGCAACAGCAGCAGCAGCCGCAGCAACAGAGCACCGGGCCGAAUCUGAUGCAGAAAUUCACCGAAAUGGCGGGUGCGAGUGCCGGCGGCGAUAUACUAUCCAAAGGGAAAGAGCUGAUUUUCAUGAAGUUCGGAUUGGGCAAGUGAGAAGGAGCGAUCACUGACGACGUGACGAUGAUGACGAUAAUGAUGAUAAUAAUGACGCAUUGUCGCGAUCGUUUUUUGUUUCGUUCUUCUCGUGCUCCGCACGCGCGCAAGUCAAUCUCGUCAAUGUGUAAAUCAGUAUUACUACGAACGUCGUUCGACAGCAGAAAAUAUGCAACGAGGAAGCAAUCUCAUCGAACGUUGUUACUGAAGACAAAGGGGACAAGGCAAGAAAAUGCACCAUUGCUGCUGCUGCUGCUGUUGCUGCUAUUGUUGCUAUUCGCUACUAAUAAUCGUUAAUUACUGCAAAAUAAAAAGAAACCGUUGCUGGAUAAAUAUAUAUCGAGGACGAACCUUGCAAUAGAGGCAGGGAGAAAGAACGAUGCGGAUAGCUCAAAAUGAGACAAAGAUGCUUCACAUCGAGACUCAACUGAUUCUACUGAUCGAGAAGAAACAAGAGACGUACAAGAUUCAUCGAACUUUGUCUUAAUCCUCCUUUUCUGAAAUCUUCUACUAUUUCUUCUUCACGCGACGGUAGGAUCCUCGAUCGGUGCUGCGCGGUCCAUUGAAGAGAUACUUGCUCGUCCAUCGCGGAAUCUCCUAACAUACACGAGAUAGUCAAUAUUAUGCUAUCUGCGAAAUAUACUUUAAGUGACGGCAUAAAUCAUGUAAAUCGCGUAUCUGCGCGACUGUUUCUUCCAAUCUCUCUUCGUCCUCUUUGUUUUAUUCAAAGCGCCGUUCGGUUCUCGGAGUAACAAAAGAAACCUUGCAAAUUAUAUCGAGUGAGAGAGAGAGAGAGAGAGAGAGAGAGAGAGAGAGAGAGAGAGAGAGAGAAAGAAAGAGAAGGAUUCCGCGUUAAUGUAAUUUCGUAUAGACAAAAACGAAUUACUGGCAAAGCGAAGCUAGACAAGUCAAAGUUGAUCUUUCACACAGACAAAAAAGAGAGAUAAAGGCCGACCUGCAAAGGGAUAAUCAUAUCGUCAUAUAGGAGUGAGGACGCGACAACAAUGUGGGUGUGCCUUGGGAGAACCGUCUUACCCAGCAGCAACUAAUAAUCAUAUCUCUAAUCGAUAAUUCCUCUAGCUAUUUUUUUCUUUUUCUCAUGGAAAUUGAGCGCGCUAUAUCGAGAGCCGCAGCGGCGCAUAUACGAAUAAAUGAUGACGAUCUCUCGUCUUGAUAAUUUUCUCUUGUUCCCGUGUAUGUAUGUAUAAGACUGGACCCCUCCCCCCUCCUCUUCGCGUGUUCCCUCACAUUAUCCCAUGUCCUUCACUUUUAUUCCAGCAUUCCCGAAUGGACUUGCAUGCGGAUAGAAUCGUCGCAUUCGCGGGCCGCGAAAGAGAUAAAGAAAAAGAGAAAGAAAGAGAUCCUUGAACCUCAUGUUUUCGGCCGCUCGAAUGAAUCUCGAAAUCAGGAUCGCCUGUUCGGAUCGGAAAAGAAUCGAACGAAUCCAAGAUGAUGUUCGAGGAUGAAUGGCGAUGUGAUCAUUUAUCGUCGGACUUAUUUUGAAUGGCGCACAAAAAUUUGAGACGCAAUGGAAUACGAAGCAACGUCAGACCAAUGAAUCGCAGACACGAAACGCUACGAUCUUUCGAUCGGGGCGGGCGAAUCGGCCGUGUAUCAAACGAUAACUAUAUAUCAUAACUGUGUGUGUGAGAGAGACAAUUCAGAUGGAACGGGAGAUCAUAGUACUAAAUGGU